CCCCGUAAAAAUUAGCCCCCCACAUAAUAGAAGUGUAAUCCCCAAAUUACCCUCACUCGCACUCAACCUCUCCGACAAACCGAAAAACCAUUUCACACACUAAACAUUUAAUCUCUCCCCCAUCGGAUAUCCUUCUCUCCAUGGAGAACCAGAACCAGAACUCCGGGCGGCGCCACCGCGAGCAAUCGGCGACGAGUUCUCGGAGGAGCUUGAAGCGGAAACUCGACGAGGAUUCCGGCGAAGAUCGCGGCAGGAUCGGCGGUGAAUCGCCUUCCGAUUCGCAGCAAGAUCUCGUGACCGAAAUUCGCACUCAAGUUGAGAUCCUUGACUCCGUUGCCUCCUCCGCCGCCGAGCAGGAUCGCGCGUCCGUCAAACGCGCAAUUCACGUCCUGUCUGAGCUCGCCAAAAACGAGGACAUAGUGAAUGCGAUAGUGGACUGUGCGGCAGUUCCAGUUCUGGUAAAGCAUCUAAAGGCUCCGCCGUUGGUGACAGAGAUAGAAAGUGGUCCGAGGUUGUACGAGCACGAAGUGAGAAAGGAAGUGCCUUCACUCUGGACUCUA